AUGUUUUCCUAUCGCCAGGGCUCAAAAGGAUUCCUUCCAACAUUGCUGGCCUUAUUCUUAAGUGUGAGAGUCACAACGCUGCCCAGUAGUGGAGCGUUUGAAAACCUGCCAUUGACUGACCACUUGAUGCUAAAAGAAGCUAGGAAGAAGGUAGUUACAUGUAACUACUCCGCUACUGGCCAGCAGGUUAUCAUGGACCGACAAUCACCGACGCUUUCUAAGGAAACCACCUAUCAUCAGAGGUCGAUUGAGCACCUUGGGCAGGCAGGAGGAAUAGAUACGGAUAAUUUUCCACUAAACAAUACACUCGGCUCCCAACGAUAUCUCCCACAUUCAAUUGUCAUCCUCUCGCAGUUGACGGAUUGUCGGACUGUCGGACUCCAUACAGAACUGUCCCUGGGAUUCCGCAACUCUUACCGUGUCAGCACUGAAGCCCAAAGAACGAGUUUCCACGGCAUCUUUCUGACACUCCAUGCGACGCCUCAGUAGAUAGUUGAUACCAGGUAGGGUGAUUCAUUGGUGCUGACUUAACAUGGGUUAUACACUACGGGGUACUGACCAUUCAAACGAUUCUUGAUACCAAAACAUACUU